AUGAAUUGGAUAUUGAGAUCACGAAAAGACACUGUUCUCUAUAGACGUUCGGCCGACGUGGCCAGUUACUGUAAAAGGGAUGAGUAUGAACAAGAAAGGUGCUUCGCUGAUAAUGAUGAUGAUAAUGAAUUUGUUGGUUCAACAGCAACAGAAGCUGUGAAAGCUGCAAUGAAUUUUGCCGAGACUCAUUCAGAAUAUUAA